CUGAAAUAUCAUUCGAAGUUAUAGGCUACUUUGAUAUAGUUAUAGUUAUUACAAAUAUUGCUAUUCCACAGAAAAAUUUUAAUGAACUUUUUCGUCCACCAGGUCAUGAAAAUAUUUGGGCAGAACUUGCAAGUACUUGGCCUAAUAAUUUACCCACAGCAAUAAAGGAACAUCAUGAAUGGAAUAAUAAUACCAUUUCUUAUAAAAUAAAUGAGUCUUUGGCCAUAAUAACUUUCAUUGAAGUAGAUCUCAAAGCCAGUACAGGUUCUUUUCUCCAACUUAUAAAAAUGGAUGAGAGUCGAGGAGUUAUAGGGAACCACAAAAGGGUCUGUAAUGAGAUUAGGGAUAAAACAUUAGUUAUUAAAAAUACAGAUUUUAAUACAGUUGCUACUUCUUGGAAUCUUAAUCUUAAAAAAACUGAAAUCCUUAAAUUUGAUCAAGAGCUUCUAUUGCAGAUACUAUGGCCCUUAAACAUUUUUAUAUGA